AUGCAGGACCCAAAUGAGGUCUCCUUCCCGCACCACUUCUGCCUCCGCUGGCACGACCCCAAAGUCGCCCUCCAUGUCUCGUUCACAACCACCACCAUCACCUUCACCUUCAUCGUCAUCAUCGUCACCAUUGCCACCGCUAUCUCCAUCAUCGCCUCCUGCGUCUACGCACCCACCGCCAAACCCUGCGCCGUCGGCCUCGGCCUUCGUGUGGAGGACGAAGACGAACGACGCAAGCGGCUCCUCUGCAUCCUCGUCCUGCUCCCCUUCAUCCUCCUCUGCCUCCUCUCCUCCUUCUUCCUCCCCUCCACCAUCAACCCACCACCACCCACCAACCCAUCAACAUUCCACACCACGCCAACAUUCCAGACCGCUACAUUUUCAUUCUUUGAAUUCCUGAGCUGGGCCUCACUCGUCGUAGUGUGCGGGCUGCUGGGCCUGGUCGCGCUCCGCCGCGGCGCCCACUACGCCACCACCCUCGGCCUCGCCCUGUGGUCCAACUUCGCCGUUCUCUCCCUCUGCUUCCACUACGGCUUCGUCCCCGAACUCUUCUGCGUGCUGGCCGCCCUCCCGCCACUCCUCUUCUUCGUGUUCGGCCGCUUCGCCGGCGCCUGCGCGCUGGCCACGGUGCUGCUCGAGGGCGCCCUCUUCCCGCACGUCGCGUCGCUGAUCGCAGGCCUGACUGCUGCGUCGUCUGCGUCGGCGGCGGCCACGAUCGGCCACGAGUCGCGGCCGCCGGGCCUGCAGAUGUCGCCGCAGGGGUCGCUGGCGGUGGGGCUGGCGGUGGCCUACGUGGUGGGUCUGACGGCCUGGCUGCAGGACGGGUCGCGGGCGGCCUAUCGGGACAAAAUGCGGGCCAUUGUGCUCCAAUCGGAAGCCGCCAACCGCGAGCUGCAACAGGCCACCGCCGCCAAGUCCAACUUUCUUGCCAACAUGAGCCACGAGCUGCGAACGCCGUUGCAUGGGAUCACGGCGAUGGCGCGGGAGCUGCUGGAGACGCUGUCGCCGCGCAACCCGGCGCGGGAGUGCGUGGAGAUCAUCUCGGACAGCAGCGAGCACAUGCUGGGCCUGGUGAGCGACAUCCUCGACUUUGAGCGGAUCGAGAACAACCGGCUCGACCUGGAGUCGAUCCCGUUCUCCAUCCUCUACGAGGCCGACAAGGCCAUCACCAUCCUCAGCGUCGCCGCCAAGCGCAAGGGCAUCAACGUCGACAAGGACUAUCGAGUGGCGCUGCCGAUGCACGUGGGCGAUCCGCUGCGGUUCAGGCAGAUCCUGUUUAAUCUUGUGAGCAACGCGAUCAAGUUCACGCCGGAGGGCGGCCGGGUGACGGUGCGGAUCGUUAACGACGAGAAGGAGGAGGAGCUCAUCACCGUCGAGGUCAAGGACACCGGCAUCGGCAUCGCCGAGGAGCACAAGUCGCACCUCUUCAGCUGUUUCUCGCAGGUGGACAGUUCGAUCAGGCGGCGCUACGGCGGGAGCGGCCUCGGGCUGGCCAUCAGCAAGCGGCUGUGCGAGGCCAUGGACGGCGACAUCGGCUACCAGUCCACCUUCGGCCAGGGCUCCACCUUCUUCUUCUCCGUGCGCCUCCCGGUCUUCGCCCCGCCGCCGGGCGUCGACGACUACUGCGAGUGGGCACCCUUUAACGCCUCGAGUUCGAUUCCCGUCGCACGCUCGUCGUCAGGCAAGUCGUCGACGACGGCUAAGACGAUGAUGAACCGCAAGAAGACCUUCUCGUCGUCGAUGCUGCCGACGCUCUGCUUCCCGCUGUCGCCCACACCGUCGUCGUCGUCGCUGGCAACUGCGUCGUCGUCGCGCGUCAUACCCAAGUCGCCGUCGGCCUCGUCGAUCUCACCCGGGCGCGGCGGCGGCGGCGGCGGCAGCGCGUCGUCGUCGGCCAGCCACUUUUCGGUGUCGUCCCUCUCCGCCUCGCUGCUGACCUCGCUCUCGUCGCCCUUCUCGUCGCCGUCGCCCUCCUUCUCCAACCUCGGCUCCUUCUCGUCGUCGCCGUCGCCGUCGGCCUCCUUCACCUCGUUCGGCUCCAUCUCGUCCCUGUCCAACUCCACCUCGCUCUCGGCGAUCGUGUCGAGCCCGCGCAUGCUGCUCGAGGGCGCGCGCAUCCUGCUCGUGGAGGACAACGAGGUCAACCAGAAGGUGGCCAAGCGCAUGCUCCACUGCCUCGGCUGCCAGGUCACGGUGGCGGGCAACGGCGAGGUGUGCCUGGCCGUGCUCGACGAAGCCACCGAGCCCUUCGACGUCAUUCUCAUGGACUGCCAGAUGCCGAUCUUGGACGGGUUCCACGCGACGCUGAAGAUUCGGGAGAAGGAGAAGGUGACGGGCAUCCCGCGCACGCCCGUGGUGGCCCUCACCGCGUCGGCCACCAAGGAGUACCAGCAGAAGUGCUUCUCCGUCGGCAUGGACGACUUCCUCUCGAAGCCCUUCACCAAGACCAUGCUCGCCCGCAUCCUCAAGCGCUGGAUCGGCACCCGCGGCGUCACCCCCGUCACCACGCAGGACUGA